CACGCCUGUAAAGCGACGCCGACUCCCCAAAUUCACGUGACACUUCUCCGUAGUCCUCCACUGCCUCGUUUCUGUCUCUGGUGUCCCGGCUGACUGGCCCUAUUCUCUCACUCUUCCGUGUUUGUCUACACGCGAGCUGUCUUGCGAGCACGGUGUUUCUCUCGUGCUCCUUCCCCUGAAUCAUGGAACGCGUCAAAUGUUGCUGCGGCAACCCGAUUUACGCAAAUGUGGGCGUCCUUGGGCAUGUCGAUAGCGGAAAAACGUCGCUGGCUCGAGUUCUGACGGCUGUGCGGAGCACCGCCUCGCUGGACAAACACCCGCAGAGUCAGGAACGCGGCAUCACCAUCGACCUCGGCUUUUCGGCCUUCACGCUGGCCCUGGACAUCGACUCGCGCCCGGGCGAGGGGGCUUCCCCAGCCUCUUCUCCGGAGGCAACUGUCCCGAGCCGAGCCGAGUUCGAGAAAAACGAAAAGAGAGAGGCAACAGACCUAGACACGCCGGGCUCGGAACCCUCUGCGGACCCGACGCGACUUCCACGCCCGGUGGACGCGCGCCACUCGGGUGUAUGUACACUUGAGUGUGAGACAGCGAGCGGGUCGGGGGAAAUGGGUAGAAAAGCCAACGUCCAGAUUUGUCUCGUUGACUGCCCCGGCCACGCGUCUUUGAUCAAAACCAUCAUUGGAGGCGCCCAGAUCAUCGACCUCGUUCUCCUCGUUGUGGACGCAACCAAGGGGAUUCAGACCCAAACCGCAGAGUGCCUCGUUGUCGCGGAGCUCCUCGCUCGACACCUGAUCGUCGUCCUGAAUAAAAUCGAUCUUUUUCCGGAAGAGACUCGAGCCAAAAAGGUGGAAGGAGUCACGGCCAAGUUGCGAGGGGUCUUUGCUCAGACAGCCUUCGGCGCAGACGUUCCAAUCGUUCCUGUUGCAGCGAAUCCAGACGCAGUUCAGGACCUCGCGAAUUUGCCUCCUGCGUGGAACGUCGAGGGCGUCGUGCAGGCGCUUUCGUCCGUUUUGAUCGCGCCAGAGAUCACACAUUUCCACGCGAACUCCUCUUCAACUUCGCGUCUCGUAGACAGGCUCGCGCUGCAGCAGAGGUGCACAACAUGCCCCUGUUGUCGGACCAUCUCUUCUCUGUCCUUCCACGAUUCUUUCUACCUCGUUUUUGAUCACUGCUUCGCCCUCAAGGGAAAAGGUACCGUCCUGACGGGGACUGUGCUGUCUGGGCGGGUGAAGGUGGGCGACUCGGUCGUCGUCUUGAGCGCUUCCGCAGGAGGCGCAAAUCCCGUCAAAGUUCGGAGUUUACAGACGUUCAAGCGAAACGUGGAGUCUGCGGGGCGAGGCCAAAGAGUUGCCAUGUGUGUCAGUUCAGUCGAUGCUUCCAGCUUGGAACGCGGCGCCAUAUGCGAUCCGCAGCAUGUCCCCCCUGCUGUGGACGGCUGCAUUGCCAUCGUCGAGAGGAUUCGAUUUUUCAAACCACCUAUUGGCUCAGGAGCGAAAUUCCACUGCACGGUUGGACACACAACAAUCCUGUGCACUGCGCACUUCUUCGCGUUUUACGAGAGCGACCAGACUGAGGAGUUAACGAUUGAUGAAAAAGCGAAAACUCUCUCUCGUGUCUCCUCAGUGAUGAAUUCAGCGUCUUCAAAUGUCGGAGCAUCCAGUUUGAAUACUGGCAGGCUCAUUCCGAGUGUCGACGCAAACUACGAGAGCCCAAACGUCGCCCGAGAGUGGCCGUCUGCUCUGGAUCUUCGCGCGACAUAUCGGCAUCAGGAGGAACUUACUUUAACCAGCACUGGAAUUGCAUCUUCCGCGCGACUCGGUGCCGCAGGGGAGCCAUCUCGGAUGACGCGCAAACUGUCGAAAGGUGUAGAUGCUUCUUGUGGCUCUUGCGAGGCUGAGGAGAAGCCCGUGCUGCAGUACGCGCUUCUAGUCUUUGAAAAGCCGAUCGUGGUUCCUCCCCGUAGCAUUUUCAUUUGUUCGAAGCUCGAUAUGGACGCUAGUUCGCCCAUGUGCAGACUGGCAUUUUUCGGCCAGAUGCUCGAGCCACUCAGCACAGUUCCAUCGUUCCCGGCGGUCUCGGCGACUCCUGGGGUGUAUGUGCAGCGGCCGAGUCAAGCAGCCAAGAAGCCAUCAGGAAGCAGUGUAGCUUUCUCAUCAUCGGCUGCUAGCUCCCCAUCUGUUCGGUCGAUUUUCCACCACCCUGCAGUUCUCAGUUUGCCAGUCUACAAGUGGAAACACAAAGUCGGCGGUGUCGAGCGUUUCAUUUUCGAAGCGCCGGCUGACCACAGCGACGACACAGGCGACGGGGAAGCUAGAUCACUGAUAGGUCGGGGUUUGUUCAAGAGUCCUCAGCACAUUUCGCGUUUUAUCGGGUUCCGAGUGGCCAUAUGCCGCCAGCAAGGCUCAGACACACAGGUAGACGACACAAACUGCGAACCCAGGAAACAAAAUGAGGUGGGGAACGGAAAGCAAAAUAGCGAGACACGAGCAGGCUUGCAUGGACGCAACCCGGAGGGAAGGGUCACGGGGAAAGUGCACACACGCGAAGGUAGCAGCCGUGAGGCCAGAGUUGAAGGCCGCAUUGAAAAGGCCUUUGGAAACAAGGGAAAAUUUGUGGUGGAGCUCGCGACGCCCAUCAAGUGUUCCGCAGUGUUUGGGUCGGGGAAAGGGAACGACGGCAAAGCCCCAGGUUUCUUGAUACAUCUAGACUAUAAAAAGAAAGUCUAUGACAAAGCAGCGCAGUUCUCCCAAGAUGUUCGGAAAGGCGAAAACUGAGCGCGCGACCCAGUCCCUUUCGUGGUGUGCGUUCAUUCGUCUUUUCCGUUUUUAGAAAAAACGCCAACAGAAAGGACAUGCACGCCUUUGUUUAGGUGGCAGUGCUUUCUUGGUGGUUCAGGGGUUGUGUACUUUAAGGAUCAUCGAUGUGGGUCACGCCCCAGCGAGUUGUGGUGUAUGCAAGUCUAUCCAGGUUCUUGACAUGUGCAUACCUAUUUGUGGCUAGAAAUUCAAACCAUUUGGUGUCGGAUGCGUAUGCGGACGUCUCCGUCAGGAUCUCCGUUCAUUUGCGUCUUAAUCGAGACACGUCCCUGCAGAUUUUCAUUAAACGAUUUCGUCAGUCGUCCGUGACUGAAGGAGCAUACCUG